AACAUGGUUUUAACAACACUGAAAUUAUUAUUACGUGUGGUGAUAAUGCAGUCAUGCACAUGGUUAGAACAAAUUAUGCGUGCGGACUGAACUACAAAGGAAAACAUCUUAGGAAAAAUUGGGAGUAAUUCAUAAGAUGUCGGCGGCGACUGCCACAGCGCACGCCAUUGCAGUCAAUACAAGGAGAAGGGUUUUGGGGGACGUUAACCCAGACUGGCGUCACGAUGUCAGUAACUACGCCACAGAUUUCACCAAGAAACCCAUGGCAAGCCAAGCGGGUCGGGUCAGUCUACCCAUCCCGGACAAUCGCAAGAAUAACCCCCAUCCCGCUCACCUUGCGCACUUGAGAAGACUCUCAAAUGAGCCCGUGUGCACAGUCAAGACAGUCAUCGCACAGUCUGACGAUGAGGGCGCCACACAUACCAUGACCUCUUCCAUGAGGACACAUUAUCCAAUCAGGGAGGGUCACGCGCGCAUGGUCAGAUCGACGCGCUUUGGGUGUAAUCCUUCAAAGAAGGUGGCCGCAUGUGGCAUUGUGCCGAGUACCCCGGAGCCCGAGCUGGAAACAGAACGACUUUUGCCGGCAUGCUACAAGCAUACUACAAUGAUGACAACGUCAAGUCCGUUUUCUUAUGUGCCACGUCGAAGAAAAAUCGUCCCUCAUAUACAAGACGAAGGUUUCACACUGAGCGAGCCCCAACCGGGCGAUUCCAUCCAGGUCGGCAAAAGUUCCCUCCCGCGUCGACCAAGAAGACGACAUGUUGAAAGUGCCCCACAGACAACACUCCAGGUGCGUCAUUUCGAUGGGGGUGCACCGCCAGAUAACACGCGUACUAUCACUGGACGCAAGAAGCGAUAUAUUCCCAACAUUAAACUCCUUGGAAACGCUACACUGCCGACUUGGAUGACCGCUUCCUUCUAAAAGCUUUUUGACAAAAAAAAAACACACAAAACUUGUCUCUUUUUUAAUUUUUGUUUCAAACAGUUCCAACGUUUUUCAAUUAAUUGUUUAGCAACAUGUCACUAAGUCAAUCAAGAGUGUGCUCUUCGAAUGACAUAAGAUAGAAUUUAAUUUUUUUUUUCAGAAACAGUAUUCAUUGAUGAAAAAGCGUACUAAAAAGAAGCUGUUGAAAGUUUUCACAUAAUAAAUUUAUUCCAACAUAAAUCCAAUUAAAUCGCUAAACAUGUACUUGGCUUUUUAAAUUUAUUUUUCAUUUUAAAGAACAUAUGAUUUUUGCCAGAUACCAUUAUUGUCUUAGGAAAGAUUCAACUUUGAUCGGCAGGGCUUUUACUUUUGUGCCCAAAUCAGACCACAACUGUUACAAGUUUCCUAAUUAAAAAAUUUGACAAGCGAAA